AACUUUCCAUCUGCCCUGUGAGAUAUUGCAUACCGGUAUUUUCCGGAAUUGUCUAAAGUCAUUAACAUCUGGCUAAUUUGACAAGGAAGAUAUCUGGCCUUGCCAGAUUAUAAAAAAGCGAGUGUACAUGUGCGUAUACGUGACGAAACGAGCUGACGUUAAACUCCGCCCAUAUGUUGUUGUUCCACCGUCACGUGACAUACAUGCUAUUUUUAGCCAGAAUAAGUUCUGAAAACACAAAACACUGUAUGCUCUCGGUCUGUAGUCGUGUACGAUGUAUUACAAAAUGCAUUUUGUCUGAGAUUACAGUAAAUUUACAACAUUUCAGAAUAUUACUUUGAAAGUUGAAAGCGGAAGUUGUUUUCGCAGUAUUUCUUCUUGACACUGACCGGGGAUGAACCGUCUCCCUCCCUCACGGUAAUUAAAGAUGGAAUCACGACAAAACCUGUCCGAACCAGCAGUCGGUGCUGAGCAGGAGGCUAUACCGAGUCCCGUGGAUGUCGACACCGCAGUGUUGCUGCUGGGAGCGGGAGUAACAGCCAUCACACACCCGCUGCUCUAUGUGAAGCUGCUAAUACAGGUGGGUCAUGAACCUCUUCCCCCAAGUGUGGGCACCACUAUGUUUGGACGAAGAGUCUUAUACCUGCCUGGCUUCUUCUCCUAUGCGCAGUACAUUGUGAAAGUGGAUGGAAAGAGAGGACUCUUUCGUGGCCUCUCGCCUCGCCUUGUGUCCAGUGCCAUCUCCACUGUGGUCAGGAGCAAAGUUAAACAGCAGGUGGAGCUUCUGUCCAAGAGGGAUGACAUUCAGACUUCACUCAGGAAGGUGGUCCAAGAGACCUCACAUGAGAUGAUCAUCCAGUGUCUGUCCAGACUAGCCACUCAUCCUUUCCAUGUGAUGUCAGUGCGGUGUAUGGCCCAGUUUGUUGGCAGAGAGGUCACAUACAGUGGGAUGUUCACUUCUGUUAUCAAGAUUUUUAAGGAGGAAGGAAUUGCUGGAUUCUAUGUUGGUCUCAUACCCCACGUGGUGGGAGAGGUUCUCUUCCUGUGGUGUUGUAACCUCCUGGCUCACUUUAUUAACACCUACGCUGUGGACGACAGUUUCAGUCAGGCCUCAGCAAUAAGAAGCUACACUAAGUUUGUGAUGGGGAUUGCAGUGAGUGUUCUGACGUAUCCAUUCAUGCUGGUGGCUGAUCUUAUGGCGGUCAACAACUGUGGCUGCGGGUCUUCCUCCUCACUCGCCCGUCUUUAAGUCCUGGCUGCACUGCUGGAAUCACCUGAACCACAAGGGCCACCUCUUCAGAGGAUCCAGCUUCUUUUUCCGCCGGGUGCCUGUGACCUCCCUGCCUUACAUCGAGGACUGACGUCAUUAUCAUCAUCGGCACCUGUGGGGAUGUUCCUUCCCCACCUAAACAUCUCCACCUGUCGGACUUUGCUGCUGCCAUCCACAUGUAGCAGAAGCAGCAGAUGCACAGCUCACGGAGUGCCAAUGAACUUUUCUUCACAGGAGCUGCAGUUCAGUCCCGUGGUUCUGGGGGGACGGAAUCUGUUCGGGUCAGCUCAGAAACUGUGGGGCAGUGUUUUGUUCCAGAGUGAAAUAACCAAACUUAUAUACGCUACGACUACGGCUCCUUCUCCAUAGCGACGGCUGCUGAGGCUCAUGGGUGCUGAAGUGACUAAUGCUGUCACACAAACCAAACUGAGAGAAACAUCCUGAUCUGUUCAUGGUCAUAGCUUGCAUCUGUAUAGUGUCAUUGAGUGUUCUUUGUGGAGGGACACUGAAUUACCAAGCAAUUCCCUACCCACACCCAUUUUUACACAACACAUGGAUGUUAGCCAUUGAUUUCCCUUAAUUUUCUUAGAUUUUAAAGGUUCAAUUUGUAAGAUAUGGCCAGAAUUUUAGUAUAAAGCAUUUUAGAAAUUAUUAACAUUACCAAGAGAAUUGAAGAAGCGACAGUGUUGUGCAGAGACGACCUGUGUAUUUUAAGUUAGCACGCUAACCAGCUAGCAUCUGGAGGCCAAUAGCCCCCUUAUUUUCAUCUGGGAGAUCAGAAUCAGAAAUCAGAAUUCCUUUAUUUAUCCCUGAAGGGAAAUUCUUAUGGAUGGAUGGAUACAAGCAGCAAGUUUGCUAAGUCUCACAAGCUCUUUUAGUCUAAUAAGUAAGCAAAACAAACUCUCAUGUCGAGGAAGUAAAUGCUGUUUCACCUAUUUUCCUUACUGAACAGAAAAAUUCAGCUGUACACCCUCUGAAUUCAAAUCAGUUCAGUUCAUUGAAUUCAAUGCUCUGUUUCACCAAACAAAGAUGAAUUUAAUUAUGUAGUUAACUAACCAUAAAAUGCUCUUUAAACUUAGCUGAGAUGUAAUGAGCCAUCAUAGUGAGCGUCAGGUUUGCACUGCUUUCUGUCAAGUUACAUUAUCGAUGUUCGCUGGCUUGGAUUGCACAUGUGUCAGGAGUGUCAUGAGUCACUUGACUUUUAUAUCAUUACAGAAAUGAGUGGCUGCCUGAAGUGGCAGUAACCCCCCCCCCAAAAUCAAUCGUGAAAGUAAUUUGUAGAUAAGUAGCUAAAAUUUUCCUUCAACAGUUCACAGGUAUUUUUGUUCAACUGUGGAACAUUUUUGCUGAACGGCAUCUGCUGUUGCUACAAAUGGAAAUUACAGGAUAACAAAACAUUGAUUUUGUAAGCAAGCUAGUUGACGUCAAAGCUAGGUGACCUGACCGAGAGACAGUGGAAUCAAACGUGUCCAACUGCAGACCCCAGGUCAGCAAUCCAACGGAACGAGCUUAAAUUUGCAUAAAGACAAAUAGGUUUACCUUUUGCCGUCUCUCUUUACACAUCCUGGCAUCAAAACUCGUACACAACACACAGACAGUGAAAAUGUAUUUAACUCGCUUCCCCACAGGAUGAGAAGGUAACAGCACCCAAAUGAAAUGAAAUUGAAUCCACACAGAGUUAAAUAUUGAGAUCCCGCGAGGGAAAGAUAUUUCAAACUGACGUCCAUCUUAAUGCUAAUGAAAAACUUCGUCAGUCAGCUGAUGUGCUGUUAAAGAUUAGCUUUUAGUAUCUGGUGAGUUUAUGUUUGUCCACAAAUCUUUAACUUUGUUGUUAGCUUCUGCAACAAGCUAACCAAUUUCAAAAAAUUGGAAGAUGCAAAUCCUAUUCCACCUAUAUAUCAGCUGAACAGAAUACCAAAAAAAAAAAAGAUAUUUAAAGUUAAAGUAUUUUUGGAAAUGCACACUCAUUCGGAAUUUGAGAAUCAGCGUGUAUUUCGGGUUUGUUUUGUCUGUUUAGCUGAUAAGUGUUUCUUUGGCAUUUAACGCACUAAAGGAAAACCAUGCAGGUUUCUGUUACCUGACAAACAACGUGACCUUACUUAAAGGUGUGAAGAGAGAAGUUCUUUAGAAGGGGGGUGGGAGAACAUGAGGUUGUUAACUGAAACGACACACCUCACCUCAGCCCACUUUCAAGCUCUCUGCUCUCUAAUCUGGACCCUCCGCAGACCACAAAGCAGGAAGAACAAACUUAGUGACUUCUUGUUUUACCGUCAUGAUAAAACCAUUGAUAAGGAUGUAUGUGACACACGGAAAUGCGGUGUAACAGUAACACAAGCAGAGUCACAAACUCUCUGCACCGACUGUCAUAAACUUGUGGUCAUGGCAGAGCGAGUUUUAUUGUUGUCACAUUUUACAUUUCGAAGAUUGCGCCGUUUUAUGUCUUCAUUCAAAAGUCAAAAGAUUUAAACUUAAAGCUAUCAUCUAAAAUACUGACCUGCAGUGGAUAAAAGAUUGCAACCAGGUGACCCCCCCCCUUGCUCUAAACAAAUAUUAAAAUAAGUAUUAACAGAAUAAGUUUUAAGGUCCUUUAAGGUCCUGUCAGGUCUCCCUCCACUUGUGACUUUCAGCCUGUUAUUACCAGUAAUUCCCCUCUCAUCCACACCAGUGACUGUCCUCCAUCUGCCAUUAAGUGUCAUUCCUUUGGAGCCGCAUGAGGCUUGGACCAUACACGACACAAAGCAGCUGAAGUAGCUACAGGUUCUGCUGUUUCUUUGCUGUAUAGGGCAACCGUUGUGUCUGGUUUUGCUGAAACUAACAAAAAGUAUAAAAGCAUGUAUAAGCAUGUAUGCUUUAAGUGACUGCUCAGGAGGGGCCUGAGAAGCAUGACGAGGUGCUCACCUGGCCUCCAAACUGAAAUCUAGUUUCAAAUCAAGCAUCUGUGGGAUGUGUCAGAACAUUUCCAGUCGAUGGAGGUGUCCUGUGGUGUCUGGCACCGGGGGCAGUAACGGCUGAUCCUUUGUGUUCUGUUAACUUUCUGUAAAAUGUGUGUGUGUGUGUGUGUGUGUGUAGAUGUAGGAAUUGGCUGCAUAGAUGUACAGUAAUAUAUGUCUAAACAUUACAAUUUUAUUUCCUUCCAUCAUACCCAGUCUGUGUUGUGUUUAAAUCUUUUGCCAGAGAACUCUUUUAAAAGCCAUACACACACACACACACACACGUCCUUGUUGGAUCAUGUGUCUGUCACCUGAACUGAAGGCCGACCACUGGCGUUCAUGUGAGUGAUGAAUGAAUCACGUUCACACUCUGACUCUGGUGAAGUCCCUGCUGCUAGGCUGUCAUUUGUGUUUUUAUUCAUGUAACUGUUCUGAUUGUUGCAUUUGUUUGUCCGCCCUCAGUUGUUAAGACAAUAAAAUCUUUGCUACUCA